GAUCAAUGUCGACAAAAGUCACCUAGUUAGUGAUGGAGGGAGAUAUAAUUCACUAUGCAAUGACCCCAAUGCCUAUUCAUUCUAACGUUUUAAACAUGUUGACCUAUCUCCAGUGAACACUUAGGGAAUAGAUAUAAUCUUAAAACAUAUACACCGUCGUUAGUCACGAAUAGAAAACAACUAUAACAUGAGGAAGAAAAAAUGACUUGGAUCAUGCCCACGGUUUAGCUGUCCGGAGUAACCAUUUUGUAUCCUUCACAAUUUACCCCUCCAAGUUAGGCAUACGCUUAGCUUGAUGAAUAAUUUGGGUGCUAUUUCGCUCACUCAACAGACUAAAUCUUUCGAAUGAAGAUAAGAAAUAUUAUUUGAAACUAGUGUCACGAAAAUUUAAGGUCAGUUAUUUAUUUUUUUAAAGCUGAGGUUUCAAGAUAAGGACUAUUAACUGAUAAAAGUCUGUGAUCCAGCGGAACGUUUGUCUAGUGCGUUACUCCAUGGAAUCUGGAGCGAUAUCUGUAGCUGUAACUUUGUUCAAAGAGACAUUUCCUAGUUUGGAUGACGAUAUCUCUAGCUACAUAGAAAGUAUUCUUACUGAAAAUGCUGAGCAUUUUGACUCUGAGGGCGAUGUGCAUGACGCAAUCGGUGGAGUUUUGGAUGGGUUUCACCGUCAAGAUAAUGAUCAAGAAAUAAAAAUCUUAUGCAAAAAGAUUUAUCAACUGAUGAGGCCGUAGGUUGUUUUAGUUUAACAUUGAUGGCACAGGUCUGACGGAUUUGUUGAAAAGCAAAUUACUUUAGAUGCUCCAGUACAGAUGGCAAGUUUACUGGAUACAUUCAGUGAAAGAGUGGUUGAUAAUUCUAGUAUUUGGAUGAUGAAAAAACAAAGCAUCACUGUCGUCGAUCCUAAAAAAUUAGAAAAGGCUGAGGCUAAAAUUAAAGAAAAGCAGUUAAAGAAAGCCAUUAUCGGAAGACCUGGCAAUGCAGGAAGAGCCAUCGAGGUCAAGGAGGAUGAACGCGCUACAGUUUGUCAACAGACUGACCGACGGGAACUAGCCUCAUCUUCACAUGUGGUGUCUCACGUAGGGGAUAUUCGUUUGGAAAAUUUUGACAUUGCUUAUGGUAGCAGAGUUCUCUUACAAGGUGCCAAUCUGUCUCUCACGUACGGUAAGAGGUAUGGUUUAGUGGGACGAAAUGGUUUCGGUAAAACAACUUUGCUUCGAUCGUUAGCCAAGUAGGUGUUAGUUUUUCUUCACUUUUCCAAUGUAGUUUAUUUGUUGUGUUUUGGAUUUGAAUUUCAACAAUUCACAACGUUAAAGUUUAUGGUGAAAUUACUGUCUAUUUUUCAUAUCUAGUUUCCAGUGGUACUUGGUAAAAUUAUGAUCAGAGGUUUAAUCAAGUUGAAUUGUUGUCAUUAAAAAGAUAUCAAUUUUACUUCAGUUCAUGUAGUAGUUAGAAAAGUUGGUGGGUCAAUUUAAAUUUAGUGACUUACUUUCUGAUCAGCCGUAAUGGGUUGGUGUCUGACGAAAUCUCAGCACGGAUUCGAAAAGCUCGUUUGGCUUUUGCCAACUUACGUCACCUAUGGCGAAGGCGAGAUAUCGGUCCAUCAAUUAAGGGACGAGUAUACUGCGCGGUUGCGAAACGUGGUCAUUAAGAGUAGAAGAUAUUCGUAAGCCACUAGUAUUUGAUCACAGAUGUCUUAGAAAUAUUGCUCGCAUCUGCUGGGAUCACCGGGUAUGCAAUAGUGAGGUUAGACUCAGGGUACUAGGGAAUGAUGUUGAAUUAGUUGGUGCGGUUGUGAAUCUUCGUCGACUGAGAUGGUUGAGCCACGUGUUACCUAUGCCUAGACACCGAUUGCCACAACGCGCAAUGCUGACUAGUGUUGGGGAUGGUUGAAGAAAGUUAGGGGUGGCCAAACCAAAACGUGGCAUCAGUACUUGAAGUCACUAACUUCUAGUCUGAGCCAUGUUGGUAGAUGCAGACUACUUGGUUGGGGUUCGCGUAACUAUCGUAACCAAUGGUUGGAGACUCUUGGUGACAUGGCUCAGAAUCGAUCACAAUGGCGUCGGUGUAUACACUCUCUGUCUUCCCUUAAACUAAGAGAUUAAAAUCGUUUCAUAUCUUUCUUUCUACAAACCAAUUCUUUCUUCCUGUACUGUAUCCUUAUAUGCAACCUUUCUUUUAUAUAUUACCACCACUCAAUUAACUACUUCUAUGAAUCCAUUGUUCAUCUUGUGCUAUUGAGGUGUGGCAACUUGAACCGAUGCACAUAUGUGCCUGGUCCUACGUUGUAGCUGACUGACUGAUAUGUUAAUACUGACUAAAACUAGAGAGGGAUGAGUCACUUUGUUAAAAAAAGAAAAUACCGUUUUGAAAUAUAGAAGGAUGAAUAGAUAGAUUGUUUCUGUUCUUCGAGUUCCCUAGAUCAUACGUUUUGUUCUGUUAUCUAUUUGUUUGAUACAGAUUCAUGCUCACUACGUAUCCUUGUUUUGAUUAUAUUUUAUUUCUAAGAUUAUUUUGUUAUGAUAAAAAAUUCGUCUUCAGACCUAUUGGUUUUCUCUGGUUAGCGAUUUUCCAGCUAGAGUUGCUAUCCCUAUGACCAACCUUCUUUCUGUACCCACGUUAGGAGACCGACACUGAGUACAGAAGGGUUCGAGACGAAGUUAUUCUCAAGUCUACGUAUCUCCAAAUAGUCCUUGUGCCGUUUCGAAUCUAUCUAAAGAUCAAUAACAAUUCCAUUUUUCUUUGGAUAAAAAUGGCGUUUUGUGCUGCGCACAUAUACUGUUUUGAUUUCAUUACUAUCACAGCUGACGGUGGUUUACAUGUAUUCUGGUACUCCAGAUUCUCUAAGAAUUACUUAUUUAGUUUACUUCUUGGUAAUUUACUUUAUAUAAAUCCACUUAUGGUGGUGUUAUGUACUUAUUUGUUUGUCUGUUUUAUGUCGCUCUAUCUAUAGGUGUCUUAAGUGUAUUGUACGUGACAUGUUCAUCUGUCAUCUCUGUGGCUGAUUUAAUUAAACUGUUAGUCAAUAGUCACUUUAUCUCCCCAGUUAGAUGGGACUACAUUAAAGGGAAAACAAAGUUAUUAGUUGUCUACCAGGAAUAGUAGUUUGUGUUUCAGGAAAUAAUCGCUUAUCAAUAUCAAGAUAUAUAUCAUUAGGGAGGCUAAUUACAAAACACCAUUAUUCCACUUGAAAAACCACAGAUCAUAUAUAAUAUUUGGACAAUUUUUAGUGAUGACAUUUAUUGUAUGAUUCUUUUGUUAAUUGUCAAUGUAUGAAAGAUUAAUUAGAAUAUAUUGACAGUGUUCAUUGAUAACAAAAUUAGUGUUUUUCUUAUUAUGUUUUUGAUGUGUACAAGUGUUUAGUUCUCGUUCCCAACCCUUGAUCUGGUCUGUUUGUUAGGGAAACUUUCUAAGUUCAGUUGCAGGACAUAAGCUCAUUCUUUUAAGUACUUCCUGUCAGCUUAUAUUAAUUGCGUUUUUCACCUCACUGUAAAAAUUCUUAGAUCGAUUUGUAUAGACUGUAAGUAUCCAUUUGAGAGUUUAUUAGGAGUGAUAAGCUUCAUUUUGUGAAUGUUAUCUCGUGCUUUGGAAGAAAGCCCGUGAAAUUGUGUAGAUGAAUAAUCGUUUUUGAUAAAAGUACAAAUAUUUACCAUCUCUCCUGUACUAAGAGAAUUACAGCUACGUAUGGAUUUGGAUUCUAACACCGAGGUAAGUGGUAUGUCAUUUGCUAUGUAUAUUAUCUUUUUACAAUCCCCAUAGUUUUAAUAACUACUUAGUGCAAUUAAUAGUUAAAUUUUCACAUUUCUGACUAAAAACAUUCAGGGGAGAUUUGCGCCUACCACCUGGUGUCCGCGUAGUACAUGUAGAACAAGAAGUUGUUGGUGAUUCCACGCCUGCUUUGGAAAGCGUUCUUCAAGCCGAUAUAGAAAGACACACCCUCCUUAUUGAAUUGGCUCGCCUUCAGGCUGAAAUGAAAAAAAAUUCUGGCACGGAUCAAGGUUUAUCUAGUAGCACAAGUACAAUAGAAUCUCGGGUUGCAGAGAUUUAUUCUCGCUUAAAUGCAAUCGAAGCAGAUAAGGCUCCAGCUCGAGCUGCUGUCGUUUUGCAUGGUCUUGGCUUCAGUCCGGAAAUGCAGAGUAAGCCCACAAAAGAAUUUUCUGGCGGAUGGCGUAUGCGUUUAGCUUUAGCACAAGCACUUUUUGCGAAACCAGACCUACUUUUGCUGGAUGAACCUACCAAUAUGCUUGAUAUGCGCGCAAUAAUUUGGUUAGAAGACUACUUGCAGUCGUCAUCCAACAUCCUUUUGAUUGUCUCACACGAUCGAAGUUUUUUAAAUACAGUUGCAACUGAUAUUAUUCACUUGAAUUGCAAGCGUUUGGAUGCAUACCGAGGGAAUUAUGAUGCUUUUGAGCAAGCUCGUUCUGAAAGAUUGCUAAAUCAACAAAGGGAGUACGAGUCAUUGAAAGCUGAAAGAGAGCAUAUACAAGUGUGUUAAUUCAUUAUUUAAACGAAAAUGUAUUCAUGUUACUAAAUAGUUUGUUUCUUACCAUUUCACAUAUUUUUAGCGAAUAAAAUAAGUUUACCCAUUUGUUUUUCAUACGGAACUGUUUAGUUUAUAAUGUAACAUAUGAAAUCAAGUUUGUAUCUAUGUAUUUGGUAAAUUCGUAAUGUCACAUUACUUUAUCUCAUUAAGAGAGGUAAUCUGCAAACUACAAUAAAUCAGUAAAAUGAGUUUAGUUAGUCAGCCAGUCAGUCACAACGUAGAAUCUGUGCGUAUGUAUAUCAGUUCGAGUUAAAAAAGCUCUUUGGUUGUUUCGUUUGUUUUAGUACACCGUUUUACCACCUUAUUUCUAAAAAUACUGUAAAUAUGCUUAUAUACAAAUAACUGUAAAUCUGAUCUAUGUUCUUUGGUGAGUCUAAUAAAUAAUUCUACUCAAGAUAUAAGUUCUUCCACUGGAAUUUCAAGGGCUAAGUGAGAUGAGGAAGAUAUUCUUCAUUUGUGGAUGACCAUCGCAACGUAGAACCUGGUACGUACGAAUAUAGGUUCGAGUUGCCAUGUUUCAUUAGCACAGAAAAAUGAAAUUGUCAAGUUAAAUCUCAGAAUGGUAGAAGCAGUAACAUUUUCAGUGGUAAUAGAAAAGAUUAGGCAUCGAAGAUAUGACUCGAGAAGAAAAUAUAAAUUAGCGAAAUAAAAUAAAGGUUAUGAGGAAUUUAGAAUCCCAGAGUUUGAGGGAAGACGAAGAACGAAUUUAUCUGUCCCAUUACAAACGAUUUUGAGCCAUGUCAUUCAAGGUUACGCCGAUCUCAACCAGGUAGUCUACAUUUAUUAACAUGUUCAAAUCAAAUUGUCAUUAAUUUCAUGAACUGAUGCCAUGUUUUGGUCUGGCCGCCCCUAGCUUUCUUCCAGCCUACUCCUGUACCACACAAUCGCGCGUCAAGCUAGACAGUGCUUGGACAUACUAACAUAUGUCUCAAGCACCUCAGUUGAUGAAGAUUUGCUACCUCUUCAAUCGAUUUGCCAUCCUUACCUAGCAUCCUAUUCCUGACCCAGACAUUUACCACUUCAUGAUCCCAGAAUACACGAUCGAUGCUUCAAAGACACGUCCGGGCAGUAUUCCAACUCUCACACAAAUCGAAUGAUGGAGUGUGGCGCAAAUACAUUUGGCACCUCCUUGUACCAACGUUUAUGUGUUUAAACAAACAAAUAAAUGAUGGAAUACUGGUAACCUACGAACAUCCUCUAUUCUUAAUGGCCUUGUUUCACACCCAUAAAGUAGAAUGGAGCGAACUGCUACACUGUGAACUUUCGUUUUGGUUGGAAGAGGGAUGUCUCACCUACACCACAAGUAACGCAAGUCGGCAAAAACCAAUCGAGCCCUCUGAAUCCGUGAUGAGAUUUCGUCAGACAUCAGACCAUCAGUACUGAUGGGACUUCCAAGACAAGUGAGGCAACUCAAUCCUGAAGUUGCAUUUUACAUUUGGAGGGGUAGAACUACAUCCCAAAAAUGCAUACAUUGCUGAUUAAGGUUGUCAAAAGACUAUUUUGUCGGCGUCUUCACCAAACAAAACUAUAUCAUCAACAACUAAACCUUCUGAUAUAAGAUCGACACCUGACAGUCAGAUGAUGUAAGCGUGGCAUUUAAAACCAUGUCUAUGAUGUAGUUAAACGAGAAUGAGUUAGGUGGUCAACUCUGAUAAACACCACUUGAGGUAAUUAAUUCCGAUAAAGGUUCACUAUAAGCUCUGACUCGACCGUUAGUGUUCGAUUAGAGUGCCUCUACAAGGUUGAUGAACUUCUUUAGUACACCUUUCAAUAACACACCGCUACAGAACCGCACGACCAAUAGUCGAACGCCUCCUUAAGAGCAAGAAAAACAACUAUUAUCGUGAGUCAAAAAGCACUUUAUGUUUCAGAACUUGGUGAAGAGUGAAUAUUUGGUCUAUACAUCCGCGUCCAGGUCUGAAAGCAGUCUGAUUUUCUCGGAUUUGCUCUUUACGCGCUCUAGUUGUACGUCGAAGUGUUAUAACUCUCGGUUUUCUCUAUCUACACGAAUUGGACUUAAAUUCACCUUAGACGAAUAUCUACACUAGUUACUCUCCCAGUGUCUAUUCUACAGGACGUCAACACAACUCAGGUUGAGAACACGUGUCUAGCUUGACUGGAACGUAAGUAUGUUUCCACUCCUAAAACCGACAACAGUCACAAUAAUAAUAAGAGUAGGGAAAUAUAUAACUCUCCUAAUACAUGUCAGACUAUCUACUAGUCUGACCAAGCAAACAACCAAUCAUUAUUUCCCUCGCUCACAUAUGAGGAAGUAUUAUUGAGGCCAAUAUUUUAGACACUAUAUAAGUUAAACUACUUCCUCUUCGAUUGUCACAAGAGGAUUUUAAUUAUUUCUCAUAGACUGGAACGAUCAGCUAUGGAAACCAGUCAGAUGGGAUUAUGUCCAGUUUCCAGAUCCUAGCUAAGAUCUCAGACAAUUUAACUGCUAAAACUGGACCACCACCCUUAAAAAUCUCAGAGGUUAAUCUGUCAGGUCCCGCUGCCCUCCCUGGCUUUAGAUUACUUCAAUUCCUCAUUCGGGUUGCUUGGAGAUAACUGAAGUGUGGCUGAAGGCCAGUUGAACUAUUCCCUAGGGUGUUUUGCCCAUCGGUUCAAUUACAUUGAUUGUGAGUGAGUAGUAGUCCCGUCUUUUUCCGAGAUAGUUUCAUUAACAGCUGGGUUUUUAAUACUUGUUUCCUUGAUAAGUAUGAACAGUUGUGUACUGUUACCUAUCGCUGCUGCUGAAAUCCACUGGUUUUUCCUAACCUAUUGGUUUCAGUUACUAGUAGGCUUUUUGGAUAUCAUACCAAGCUACUUCGGAGUGGGUUUCAUUUUCGCUGUUGGCUAGCUCCCUUUCUAGAACGAGCGACAGUUUUCAAUCGGGCCGCUCCGAUGAUGGCUAGUGACAAUGGGAUCUAUUUGGGUCCAUUUAUGUGUCAACUGUGGUCACCAUAUCAAACUGUGCCUCUCCUUGUGUUUUUAAAGUUGGUAUUUGCCAGAAAUAGAUGGUUAUCUGAGGAUAGUUGAAACAGACGGUCACGAUUAUGUGUUGGCUGAGCCGCAACACCAUAAGAUAUCCUCCUAAGGGCCUUUCGUUUUGGUUUAGUUUAUCUACUUGCGCACUAAAACCACGUAGCACUGUUACUACGUCAGAGCGUUUAGCUUUUCGAAGGAGGCUAGAUAGCUUCCUAUAAAACUCAUCUUUAACUUCCGUGUUACAAUCUGUGGGAGCGUAGGGAGAGAUCACGAAAAGGCAACGUGGCGUGUUCCUAUCUUUUCGGGUUUUUCUGUCCCGUUUAUUCGAACAACACACAAGCGACUAUUUAGAGUUCUAUCUAAAGAAGAUUGUUAUCCUACCUGACACAAUGUUUAAACCUCAAAAGUUCCAACAUGUAGUUUUGAGCGUGGUUUCAGGAGACAGGGAGUAACAUUUCGUGAACUCAAAUUAUUAGCAAAGGCAAAUUAAAAGGUUAGAACAAUAAUUGAGUCAGAAUAAUAUGAAUUCAUUGUAUUCCGUGGUUUUUCAUAGGCUGAUUACAACCAUAUAUGUACUGGAAGGUCACAUUGAUAUAAGUGAGAAGGGUUAGUUGUGAGGAUAGGGGGAUUAUUAAGAGGAGAUGGAUUCGAUCGUCAACUGUUACGUCACUCUACAGUCAACAGUACUUCGGACCUUAAAUUGCUGCUUUUAGUCUUACAGUUCUCUAAUCAACCCGUCUGGCAUAAUAGGACCUAAAGGAUCAUGUAUUCCAGCCAAUAUAGCUCGGUUGAGUCAUCACUUUAGACAAAGCCGACCACCAUGUCAGAAUAGCAGCUACACUGAGGUUCAAAGCACUAUUUAGUUCAGUUAUUAAUGUUCUAUUUCGUUCGUUACGUUUAGUUGUAUGUAGUUAAUUAAAAUCUUCAUAAUGUAAUUCCCACUGAGGUUAUAGUUGCGUAUGCUGCUUGACUGUAAUCUAAAAAUAUUUCAGUCUAAAGUAUGCUUUGGUUAGAGAGCGUUAAUAGAAUUAUUUGUUGAUUGAUUAUUUAGCUGAUAAAUCCUGUUUCAUUUGACAAAUGAUAUUCACUUAUAUUGUAAUUAUAAUUAUUUAUAUUCUUAGCAAUUUAUAGAUAAAUUUCGUUACAAUGCAAAACGUGCAUCCCUCGUACAAAGUAGAAUUAAGCAUUUAGAAAAGUUGCCACCAUUAAUUCCUCCUGAAAAAGAAUUGAAAGUUGUGAUUCGACUGCCUGAUUGUGAGAAACUUUCUCCUCCAUUGUUACAACUUGAUGAAGUCUGUUUUCAUUAUGUACUGGACAAACCAAUUUUAAAUCAUGUCAAUUUGAGCAUUUCACCAGAUUCACGAAUCAGCAUUGUAAGUUAUUAAACUGUACAAUUAUUAGGUUAAAUAAAAAUGAUUAUAUAUAUAUAAAGGUUACUAAUUUCAUGGAACUGGUAAUAAAGUGAUAGUAAAUAGCUUACAUAAAUAUACUAAUUACAAACAGUCAACAAUAUCAAAAAUGCGACUAUGUCCAUAGUUUAAAAUAUUCACUUUUCAUGUCAGAUAAGUCACAUCGAGCUUCGUUGAUUAAAAACUGUAAAUAUUAUCUUUUGAGUGUCAGUUCGUUAAUUUAUAAAUUUCCUAAUAAAUUUUCCAAUUAAUGAAUAUAAUUCAUUUAUCCAGUUUACUUUAUAUAUACUCUGUUUUGAGAUGCACUUUAAAUGUAAGGAUUAUUGAUUUCAUCUGGUUGCACGAAAUCACUAAACAAGGUAAAGCGGGGCUUAAACCUGAAAGCUUGUGGUUAAAUGUAUUUAUUUAUUUGAAGUGCAUAAAUUCUGGUGUAGUAUAGUUCUGAAAAUGUACCACAUAAAAGAAAUGAGAAUAUAAUGAAGAAAUAAAAGAGAAAAUCCCAUUAAAAUCAAUCUAUAAAUGAACAAGGGUAGUAUAUGAUAAGACAGUUCUGUUAAACAGAUAACAAUUAAAGAAUUCCUUCAGUUAAGAAAAUUUGUCUAACGUUUAUGCAGAAUAUAACAGAAAACUAAAUCAGGAUUGCCACUGGUUUCUAUUGUAAGCCGAGGCAUGUCUGAUAGCGUCUGAAAUCAUUGGGUUACACUAUCUCUAGAAUCUCAAAGAGAGUCUUCAUGAACUGACAGAUGCCUGUCCUUUAAAGCUUUCUUUAAUACCACAGCCCUAUGCUAUAAACCGACCAUCUCUCCACUUUUUCCAAUCAGCCUCAUAGUUGGCAAAUAACGCACGACGCGAAAGCUGCUGGGAUGACAUUCGUGAUACAUGUUCGAGCUGCCGAGGAUGGUGUUUCAAGAUUGUGCUUCCAAUCGAUUUAUCGUCACCGUGCCCUAACACAUUGCCGAACCUCCUCAUUACUAACAUAGCGUUACCACUAAAUGUCAGCAAUCCUUCGAAGACAACAAUGUUCUAACACAAAGUCGCCCAACAUUCUCGAUUUGCAGAGACUAGGUUUUGCAGACAUACAAAAAACUGCUCUCACCGAUGCCUUUUACACCAGACGUUUUACGACCGAACUAACAUGAUGGUGGUUCCAAAGAUAACCCAGAUUAGCUUAAUCCACUUUGGCUUUCACUGUACGUAAAUUGAUUUUUAUCUGACCUGCUACUGCAAGCACUCACCCAACUGCUCAAAUAAAUGAACUUUUUGACUAUUAAAAGUUAAUGACAAAGUGAGUGCAGACCACUGGUUGGAAUUCAAUGAACAAAUAUUAACUAGUAUUGUGGGUUUUAAUUUCAUUCCUAAACGACACAGACUUAACUUAUUUUCAUCUUCCAGCACUUUCUUUUUGGGUUACUAAUGGAUUUCUUAGAUUUUAUUCUACUUCAAUUUUUAUUGUUAGUUCACUUAGUGAAUUAUUCUUAUUGAUCUUCGUCAACUGUUUUCUUAUUCAGGUUGGUGAGAACGGUGCAGGUAAAACGACAUUACUUCGGCUUCUUUUAGGUGAUUUAGAACCAACUUCAGGAUUACGCCACGCACAUCGUAGUUUACGUAUUGGCUACUUUAGCCAACAUCAUGUUGACCAGCUGGAUUUAAAAUUAAGCAGUUUAGAAUUUUUGAUGAGAAAGUUCCCAAAUCAAACUGAACAAGUUUAUCGUUCCCAGUUGGCGAAUUUCAAUAUAACGGAAAUGCUUGCUCUUCAACCAAUCGGUAGUUUGUCAGGAGGACAAAAAUCAAGAGUUGCAUUUGUUGCUAUGUGUAUGUCCAAUCCAAAUAUGCUUGUUCUCGAUGAACCGACAAAUCAUCUAGAUGUAGAAACGAUUGCAGGCUUAUCUGAUGCUUUGGUUAAUUUUCCCGGUGGAGUUGUACUUGUUUCACAUGACGAACGUCUAAUUCAAGCUGUAUGUAAUGAAGUAUGGGUGUGUACACGCAUGGGCAUAAGUCCUGUUGACAGUGCUAAAGGAAGUCGUGUAUAUUCAUUACCAGGUGGUUUGGAAGAAUACAAAAAAGCUGUUCGAGUUGAACUGGUUCAACUAAAAUUGUAAUCUAUUAAGAUGAAAUUUGUAUGAAAUAUCCUGACAUUUUAUUAUUAUGUAAUUCUUCAAGAUGGAUUAUAAUUUUGGCUGUGCUUCAUUAUUCUUCAUCUGUUUGCUUUCAGUGAAAUUCCUUUACUUGGAAUAGAUAUGGCUUAUUUUUUGUUUGUUUUACUUAUUCAGCUGCAGUUAUUUACUGUCUUUUGUUAAGACACAUUUGGCUGUUUCCUAAUACACUGCGUCAUUUUUGCGUCCGUCAGCUAGUUUAUUUAAAAACCGCAGUUGGAAAAUCUCAUUUGCCAUGUCCAGGUUUAUUUGGUCAGCUUUGAGUUACAUAGUUUACUAGAAGCCUAGCUAGUGGUAAUACCGGGCUGCUAAAACUGAACUAGUUCGGAGGGAGUCCAGACGUCGGAUUUGCAGUAGGACAGU